AUGCCUACCGGUACAGCAACAGCUUCGCGCAGCUCCAGGAGACGCAGAAGGGCUCGACGGGGAGUUGCAAAGACAGCAGCACAUACAGAUGCAGAAACAGCAGCAGCAGCUGCUGCGCAGCAACAGCAGCAGCAGCAACAGCAGCAGCAGGUUCGGCAACAGCAGCAGGUGCAACAACAGCAGCUGCAGCAGCUCCAGGAGCUGCAACAGCAGCAGCUGCAACAGCAGCAGUUGCUGCAGCAACAACUGCUGCAGCAGCAACUGCAGCAGCAGCUGCAACAGCCCCUUUUCCUGGCCCUUCAAGAACACCAGAAGCUCAGCAAGCUGCUUUUUAGCCCAGAGCAACAGCAGCAACAGCUGCUACUGCAGCAGCAGCAAGAUGUCAGCAUAGCGUCUGUGCUGACAACACCUGAGAAAUCGGUGCCCCAAAACAGCAGCAGCAACUGCAUUUUCAGCAGCAGCAGUAGCAGCAACAGCAACAGUUUUUUGUCUCUUCGGGUGUCUCCGUCUUCUUGUGUAGACUUGUCGAUACCCGCCUGGGCCUCCUCCAGUGCUGCAGCAACAGAUGAAGCAGCAGCAGCACCAUCAACGGAAGCUGCCAUAGAUAAGCAGCAACUGCAGCUGGAAACGCAGGCAUUGACAUCGCAGCACCAGCACCAGCAACAGCAGCACCUUCAGCAGCCGCAGCAACCUCAAGAUAUUCAACAACUGAAGCAGCAGCAGCAGCUGCAACUCGAGUUGCAGGCGCAGCUGUUGCAGCAGCUGCAGCUACAGCUGCUGCCCCAAAGGGGGGCGGCACCCCACCCCGCUCCUUUGCAACAGCAGCAACAGCAGCAACAGCAGCACAGCAUCCAGCAGCAAGCUAAGAGGCUGGCGGUCAUGAUGCUGCGGCAGCACCAGCAGAAGUACAUGCAAGAGCAGCAGAGAACGAUGGAUCAACUGCAGCAGCAGCAACAGAAACAAGAGCAGCAACACCAUACACCCGAACACCAGCAGCAACUGCAGCAUCAGCAACAGCAGUUGACGAUGGCAUAUGCGCAGCAAGCAGGGGAACCGCUGUGGAGGACUGCUACCUCUAGACCUCCUGGGCUAGUUCGGAAAGAAGCAGCAGCAGCAGCAGCAGCAGCGGCAGCAGCAGCAGCAGCUGCUGCUGCACUUCGGUCAACAGCAACGGCAAAGACACCAGAAGCUGCAAUACCAGCAGAAGCCCCCACAGGCCACGAGCAGCACUCGUGGGGACGACACCCAUCGGGAGUUCUUCCGCAGCAGCAGCUGCUGCAGCAGCAGCAGCAGUUGGGUCAGUGGCCUUCGCGAGAGCUGCUUAGGGCUCCGCGUGCUGCUGCUUCUGCUACUACCUCCGCUUUAAAUCCAGCAGCAGCUCCCUUCUAUCCUAUGUCGCUGAGGCAGCAGAUGUGGGGCCCCACUGAUUCGCUGCAGCAGCAGCAGCAGCAAACGCCUUCCCCUCCGUCGAAAGACUUAGCCGAUCCUCAGCUGGUGCUUCAGCAGCAGCAACAACAAUUGAUGCAGCAGCAGUUGCAGGAGCAGUUGCAGCAACAGUUGCAACAACAGCUGCAGCAACAGUUGCAGCAACUGCAGCAGCAAACUCGCCAGCAGUAUGUCUGUGCACGAGGGAGUGACUGUAACAGCAGCAGCAGCAGCAUGUGGACAUAUAUGAAUGCAUCUGCACAGGAGUUUUUAUCUCCGCCUAUAUCUGGCCUGCAGCAGCUACAACAGCAGCACCUAUUGCAGCAGCAGCAGCAGCUACAGCAGCAGCAGCAGCAAGAGAGGAGCCUUGCUGCCUUAGCUGCCAAACUGCGCAAGCAGACGCUAAUGCAAUAA